AGAGAGAGAGAGAGAGAGAGGAGUUAGCUGGUCAGCACUCACCUCCGAUGUUUCUAAGCAACACCAUCCCAAAAUAACAAAGGAACAACCCACCCUCUCUCCUCCCUCUCUCCCCUAAUAAAGAAAAUAUACUAAAUAAUUUUCAAAUCACUAGCUGUAAAGAUUGUUCUUUUAGUUUCCUUUUGAUUCUUUCAGAGAUCAUUUCCCCAAUCGUCCUUAUCAUUUUCUUCUUCUUCUUCUUCCUCCUCUUGUCUCCGUGAAUCCCCUGCUCCUUUUCGUUUUAUUUCUGCCACUGUGUAUAUUGAUGCGAAAUCAUUAGAUGAGGAAAAGGCUGUGAAGGUUUUGGGGGGAAUUGUGAUUGUUUCAUGGGCAACACAUGCCGUGGAUCUUUCAGGGGGAAAUUUUUGCAGGGCUACGGCCAGCCCGAGGACCAAAAUUCUAUUAUUUCCAAGCGCAACACUGGUUCUGACCGUUCUGUUUCCGACCAUUCCACCACCAGCUUGAACUCCCAGCCCAACCCGAUUUCCCAAGAGUUAAGCAAAGACAACAAUAACAAUAACAAUAACAAUAACCCACCUGCCAUUAAUCCGGCCAAGAGAGACAACAUCAUGAGAAGAGGGGUUGAUAACCAGAGUUAUUAUGUAUUGGGUCAUAGAACCGCCAACAUUCGUGAUCUUUACACCUUGGGUCGAAAACUAGGACAGGGACAGUUUGGGACUACUUACUUAUGUACCGACAAUGCCACGGGCAUCGAGUAUGCUUGCAAAUCAAUUUCCAAGAGGAAGUUAAUCUCCAGAGAGGAUGUGGAUGAUGUUAGGAGGGAAAUUCAGAUAAUGCACCAUUUAGCUGGUCACAGGAAUAUUGUGACAAUCAAGGGUGCUUAUGAGGAUUCAUUGUAUGUUCAUAUUGUGAUGGAGCUUUGUGGAGGGGGUGAGUUAUUUGACAGGAUUAUCCAGAGGGGACAUUACAGUGAAAGAAAGGCGGCUGAGUUAACAAAGAUUAUUGUAGGGGUUGUUGAGGCUUGCCAUUCACUCGGGGUUAUGCAUAGAGAUCUAAAACCUGAAAACUUCUUGUUGGUUAAUAAGGAUGAUGAUUUUUCUCUCAAAGCCAUUGAUUUUGGUCUGUCAGUGUUCUUCAAACCAGGUCAAGUUUUUACUGAUGUGGUUGGAAGCCCCUAUUAUGUUGCUCCCGAGGUACUCCUCAAGCAUUAUGGACCAGAAGCAGAUGUGUGGACUGCAGGGGUCAUCCUUUAUAUAUUAUUGAGUGGUGUGCCACCAUUUUGGGCAGAAACGCAACAAGGCAUAUUUGAUGCUGUUUUGAAGGGCCAUAUUGAUUUUGAAUCAGAGCCAUGGCCCUUAAUAUCUGACAGUGCUAAAGAUCUGAUUCGGAAGAUGCUGUGCUCUCGCCCUUCAGAUCGCUUGACUGCUCAUGAAGUAUUAUGUCACCCAUGGAUUUGUGAAAAUGGGGUUGCUCCUGAUAGAGCACUAGAUCCAGCUGUAUUAUCUCGUCUCAAACAGUUCUCUGCCAUGAAUAAGUUAAAGAAAAUGGCUUUACGGGUAAUAGCAGAGAGCCUCUCUGAGGAGGAGAUUGCUGGUUUGAGAGAAAUGUUUCAGGCGAUGGACACUGAUAACAGUGGUGCAAUCACUUUUGAUGAACUGAAAGCUGGACUGAGAAGAUAUGGCUCUACCUUGAAGGAUACUGAGAUACGUGAUCUUAUGGAUGCGGCUGAUGUGGACAACAGUGGCACCAUUGACUAUGGGGAAUUUAUAGCUGCUACAGUUCAUCUUAACAAACUAGAACGUGAGGAACAUCUUGUUGCUGCAUUUCAGUACUUUGAUAAGGAUGGAAGUGGUUACAUUACGGUUGAUGAGCUCCAGCAAGCUUGUGCCGAACAUAACAUGACCGAUGUUUUGCUUGAGGAUAUUAUCAGGGAAGUUGAUCAAGACAAUGAUGGAAGGAUCGAUUAUGGUGAAUUUGUUGCCAUGAUGCAGAAAGGCAAUGUAGGAAUUGGAAGGCGGACCAUGCGGAAUAGUCUGAAUUUGAGCAUGAGAGAUGCACCAGGUGCUCGUUAGCUUCCUACCAUGCAAAUCAUGUACAGGUUGUACAGCAAAGCUAGAGGAUGAGAUUUGGCAGUAGAACAUUGAGAACCAAUUUUAAUUUCUUGGCUCCAAGACCUUAAGAAACUAUGAAUGUUACUGAAGAUUUGGGUUUGAGGAGAUUCUGUGCUAUUUAUGCGGUGAUGCCUUUUAUAUUGCUGUAUGACCAGAAGAAUAUGUUGUAAGCGUUUGUGAACUACAGAUUGUGGUAGUUUUAGAGCUAUUCAAGUUACCAAAAUUAUUUUGCAGUGUUUCCAUUUUGGGGCAUUUCUGUUUAUAUAUGUAGUAGAAAAAAGGGAACUGAUCUGCAGAUGUUGUCAUUCUGCAUUUAAAAAAAAAAAAAAAAAAAAAAAGCCUCUGUUUUUGAUUCUACUUAUGUAAAAAAAAUGAUUUACUUUUCUAAGAUUUUGAGAGCAUUUCUUGGCA